AUGUCGCUCUUCAAGCAGCUCAUGGCCAACAGCAAGGUCCGCUCGUCGGGCGGCUGCUGGACCUGUCGAGUCAGGCGCAAGAAGUGCGCCGAGAACCGCCCCGAAUGCGACACGUGCAAGGCGCUCGAAAUCACCUGCUACUUCGACGAGGAGAAGCCGGCGUGGAUGGACGGCGGCCCCAGGCAGCGGCAGAUGGCCGAGGGCAUCAAGGCCGAGGUCAAGAAACAGGCCAGCCAGCGGAGGGACCGCAGGUACCUCGAGAUUCUGGAGCACGGAACCAGGAUGGUCACCAUCUCAGACGACGGCGAUGCCCUCAUGCCGAGCGCCAGGCCCGGCGCGUCCGACACCGAUCCGUCGCCUCGCAGCCACGACACGGCCUCGACCCCGGCCGACAGCCACAGCACGAGCGCAUCGCCGCCCGACAUUGCCUGGCACAGCCAGCAGCCCGCGACCCGGCACCAAGACGCCGACUCGUUGUCCGAGGGCGACUUGCAUUUUCUCAUGAUCUACCUCGACUAUGUCUUUCCAUACCUCUUCCCGCACUAUCGGCCCCCGGUCCUCGCCGGCGGCCGGGGGUGGAUCCUCGAUGUGCUUCACAGCAACAAGUCAGUCUACCACACGUCCAUCUCGCUCGCCAGCUCCUUCUUCGCCAUCGUGCUGGCGGAUGGCGACAGGGAACACGAGGAGUGUAUCGCGGGCAUGAUCCACAAGCUCGAGACCCAGCUGCAGCUCGGGCUCAAGGAGCUGCAAAAGGAGAUGCGCGCGCUCAAUGCCAACAGCUCAGGCUUCGACGUCCAAAGGGGGCUGGUGGUGAUGCAGAGCAUCGUGCAGAUGCUCUUCUUCGAGGUGACCACAUCGUGCAACGACAACUGGAGGAUGCAUCUCGACGCCGCCGUUGCGCUGUUCCUGCAGAUCCUGCCAGACCCCGAACUCUGGACACAGACGCUCAACAACCUCUACUCUCCGGCGUGGCCGCCCCCUGACUUUGGCAUGCGACGGCCGUGGAGCACCAAUCAGGCGGCAUUGCGGUUCUUCACGGCAACUCUGAUCUACCUUGAUGUUCUAUCAAGUGUCACGCUGGGCACUUCGCCACGGCUGUGUCACUACCAAACGGCCGUCAUCCCCGGAUGUUCCACGGUCCCGCGAGAGACAGAGCCCGUCCCCGCUGGACCCCUUUUCUUGGACGAAUUCUUCGGGUUGCCCAACUGGAUCGUCCAGGUGCUGGGCGACGUGGCGAGUCUCGAAUCCUGGAAGAAGUUGCAGGUACAGGCGGGCUCGCUGUCGGCGGACGAGCUGGCGUCUCGGGGCCAGGUGCUGGGCGAUGCCAUCAAGGGCUGCCUCGAGGCCUUGGAGCUCCAAGCUGGCGACAACAACUCGUCUCUUGCGACGACUUCGUUCCCGCUGUUAGUCGCGGAUCCAAUCACGGGGUCUGAUGUCAGGCAGCAGCCCGAUUUUCAGAUAAUUUGGCUUCUGGCGACGCUGAGCUACCUGAACGUCGUCAUCCAGGGCUGGCAGCCAUCCAACCCGCAAAUCCGCUGCCCAGUCCGCAAGGCGACGGAGCGGCUCUCGCGGGUCCCCAGAGGGUCAUGCUUGCGCGCCCUAGCAUGGCCGCUUUGCAUCAGCGGGUGCCUGUCGCCGGCCGAGGACGAAGACACAUACCGCGCCCUGGCCCGGAGCCAAGGCCCAUUGCAAAUCUUUGGGACGGUCAAGGAAGCGAUGGAGAUUAUGGAAAAGGUGUGGUCUCGCAGGGGGCGGAUUGACGAGACGUGGACGGUGUCCAAGUGCUUGAACAUGCUGGGUCAUGGCGUUUUGUUGAUAUGA